CCAGCUCGCUAGACUCCCCUUGAGAGCCGGCGUGCCUGUCAUAACGUGAAGCCUGUGGUCACGAUGAAGACAAAGGUCCUUCUGUUACUGCUGGUAGCCCUUGUGGCAUACACAGAAGCUGAAUAUGUUGUCGACAUGACGGCGGCCUUCGAGGAAAAUAUCCGAAUCCACGAGAUCGCGCUGGUGAAGUUUUAUGCUCCAUGGUGUGGUCACUGCAAACGUCUCGCCCCUGAGUUCGAGGAGGCCGCCGGCACUUUGAUAAAGCACGACCCCCCCGUCGUACUCGCCGACGUCGACUGCACUGCGGACAGCGGAAAGGGUGUCUGCUCGAAGUACGGAGUGACUGGAUAUCCGACCCUCAAGAUCUUCAGACAUGGAGAGGUUUCGGGCGAAUACGGCGGAGCGCGAGAUGCCGAUGGAAUCGUUCAAUACAUGAAAACGCUUGCUGGUCCGAGCUCGAAGGAAAUCAAGAGCAAGAAGGAUUUCGAAGCCGUCCUGGCGCGCGACGAGAGUGUGGUCGUCGGUUUCUUCAAGGAGAAGGAUUCUGCGCUCCAUCAGGCUUACCAGAAGGUGGCCGACAAAGAGCGUGAGAACUACAGCUUCUACCACACCCACGACGCCGAAGUGAUUGAGGACAAAAAGUUCGACGACAAAGUCGUCGUCAUCCGUGCCAAAAAGUACACGAACAAGUUCGAGGACAGUGAAGUCGUAUUCGACGGAGCUCCCGACGACGAUGCGAUCCGUGCAUUCCUCUCGAAGAACUUCUUCGGUCUCGUGGGUCACAGAACCCGUGAUAACCAGAAGUUGUUCGACUCGCCCCUCCUCGUCGCCUACUACGAUGUCGACUACGAGAAGAACCCGAAGGGCACCAACUACUGGAGGAACCGAAUCAUGAAGGCUCUCAAGAAACACGCCGGAAAGAUCGUGGGUGCCGUGUCCAGCCGGAAGCGGUUCGCAAGUGAGGUCGAUGAUUUCGGAUUCGAUAGUGGAGACGCCCCGGCUAUCGGCAUCCGUGACGAGAAAUUCAACAAGUACCGCAUGGAGGGCGAGUUCUCGAUCGAAAACCUGGAGAAGUUCGUCAAGGACUACCUCGACGGAAAGCUCUUGCCUCAUCUCAAGUCCGAGAAGGUUCCUGAGGACAAUGACGGACCCGUGAAGGUCGCCGUCGCGAGGAACUUCGACGACCUAGUCCUCGGAGCAGACAAGGACGUGCUCAUCGAGUUCUACGCACCCUGGUGCGGACACUGCAAGAAGCUCGCGCCGGUCCUCGAAGAACUCGGUCGCGAACUUGAGGGCGAAGACGUUAUCGUGGUGAAGAUGGACGCUACCGCUAACGACACUCCUCAGGACUUCCAGGUCCAGGGAUACCCCACUCUGUACUGGCUGCCGAAGAACGCGAAGUCCUCCCCUGCGAGAUACGAGGGUGGUCGGGAACUCAAGGACUUUGUCAAAUACAUCGCUAAACACGCCACCGACGAGCUCAAGAAAUACGACCGUUCCGGGGAGAAGAGAGACGCGAAGAGCGAGCUUUAAGUGCGGCUGUAAUCUAAGUUAUCGAAGGAAUGAAGACUGCGAGGAGAAUGCUGACUCGCUCAGAGUUCACAGUUCAUUGAUGCCAACCCCGUGUACACCUAGUUCAACACAACCAACAACAACAACAACAGAGAACAACGGCGACAGAAGCAUCAGCGAUUGCGUGCUGCACGAUUUUUUUUCUGGAAUCCCUCCCAUGUCUUUUCAAUGCAUUGUGAGUGUGAAUUUAUCAAGGUUUCGCUUUGGAAGGGAAUAUCAGCAGAUGCAGCCAUCGCAGGUAUUUUUUCAAAUAAAUGAAUCACUUGUAAAUUCAGAAG